ACGUGAGCGCGCGGCAUCUUACUCACACUGUGACUGAGUGAGUACGCGACGUAAACGGCAAGCUGGGGAGACUUCGCCUGUGAGUUACAGCAGUGUGUAGUCCACAACUCGAAACAUGGCAGCACCAUCCUUCUCAGGGACUUCUUGGGGAUGUCUAAUAUUGGUGCUGCUGCUGUACUGGGCACAUGUGUGCCUGGGGGUCCCAGACCCCCACGUGAGGGCCCGCCUGAUGCAGGAGGAGGCUUCCAGACGUACAGGGGGCAGAGUGCUGCUGACAGAGUCAGAACAAAAGCUCAGUGAACGUCUGCAUAAACUGAAAGAGCAGGAAAUUGCCGGGCCACAGUUCCCUCCCAUGAUGCAUUUCUUCGAAGCACAGCCGUUCAUUCAACGCAGCCCCAUCUUCAGCCUGCUGCAGAGAAUGCCCAAAGGAGCAGCUCUGCAUGUCCAUGACUUCUCCUUGGUUAGCGUGGACUGGUUGGUGAAGAAUGUGACAUACAGACCGUACUGCUACAUAUGCUUCACUAAGGACCAAUCCGUGCGCUUCCUCUUCUCCGCGCAGCAGCCACUCCCACGGCCUCAGUGCUCUACCUGGACGCUCUUGGAGACUUUGAGGGCGAAGGUGGGAAAUGUCACUGACUUGGAUAACAGUCUUAUAGGGAACCUCACGCUGUUCACGGCAGACCCAGGAGCUGCCUAUCCCAGUCAGGACAUGGUUUGGAAGAAGUUUGAGCAGACUUUCAUUGUGACUUUGGGCCUUGUCACUUAUGCACCAGUGUUCAAAGAGUACUUCUAUCGAGGCUUGCAGGAGUUGUACAUGGACAAUGUUAUGUAUCUGGAGCUGAGAGCUUUGCUGCCAAAGACAUACGAGCUUGAUGGCAGCAUGCAUGACAGGUUUUGGAGCCUCAGGACCUAUCAGGAAGUGAGCAGACAGUUUGUGGCAGACCAUCCUGACUUUCUGGGAACUCGCAUCAUCUUCACCGUUCACAGGGGCCUGAAUGACUCUCAAGUUAAAGAGGCAGUGAAGAUGGCCAUUAGCAUGCAGAAAACAUAUCCAGAGGUCAUGGCAGGAUUUGACUUGGUUGGCCGUGAAGACAGUGGAAGAUCCCUCUGGUACUUUAGAGAGGCCUUGUCUCUGCCUGUGGAUCUUGGAAUCACCCUUCCCUACUUCUUCCAUGCUGGAGAGACUGACUUGCAGGGCACAGAGGUGGACGGGAAUCUGCUGGACGCUCUGCUUUUCAACACGUCCCGCAUCGGCCAUGGUUUUGCCCUGCCACACCACCCUGUGGCCAAGGAGCUUUCCAGAAAGAUGGGCGUGGCCAUUGAGAUAUGUCCCAUUUCCAACCAGGUACUGAAACUGGUCUCAGACUUGCGGAAUCACCCUGCUGCAGUACUGAUGUCUGAAGGUCAUCCGCUGGUGAUCAGCUCAGAUGACCCAGCUGUCUUUGGAGCGACAGGACUCUCGUACGACUUCUAUGAGGUGUUUGUAGGGAUUGGUGGGAUGAGCUCAAACCUGGGCACACUCAAAGAGCUGGCCAUCAACUCUCUCAGGUACAGCUCGCUGUCUCCUCAGCAGAAGGAGGAAGCACUGGCCCUUUGGCAGAAAAAAUGGGACAAGUUUGUUGUUGAAAAUUCACAGUAGAUACCCAGCAAACAGGGGGAUGACAGGAUGUGAUGUCACACUGAGGGCUUUUGUUAUUUUGCCCAGAAAUUGUCCUGAACUGUGAUGGCUGCUCUUCUCUUGGUAACAGAGAUAACUUUGUUAAAAUUAAAUCCAACUCACAAGUUGAGUUAAUGUACUUGAAAUUAAAUUAACUUUCGAAAGGUUCUGUGACAAAGCUGUCCGAGUGGUGUUUCUCUCACAGUGAACUGUCUCAGUGAAAGUCCAUGCUGUUGACAGGCUCAGCAGAACACUGUUAUCCAGUAUAUUUGUUUUAAAAUAAGAAAACCUGGAAUUUUUCAUGCGGAUGUCAUCGUUGGAUGCACUUAGAAGAGCGCAUAGUUUUGUCUGCAUCUGGAAACAUCCUGCCUCAAUUUCUUUAUUCUUGCUUGAUGAAUUAGAUUUAACUGUAGCAGUGGAUAAGAAAAGUUAAAAAACCCUUUUUGUCUGAAAUGAAAUGCACCAUUUAUUUGUUAAGUACCUGAAAUACUUGAUUUCUUAAAGUGAUUCUCGGGGCAUUGAUGUGCUUAGUUUGAUAGUAGUCUUUGUGAACAUUUAAUAUGGAAUACAGAUUUAUAACUGAUCUUUUUUAAAGUGACAUUUCUGAGUUGUGAUUUUUUUAAAAACUCUCCAGCGGAUGGUGGUUUUCUUUAACUGCUAAUAUAUGUCUAUUAGAUUGGUUGCUAAUUAGGAGCAGUAAUUUCAAUAAA